AUGCAAUUCCGCAACGCCUUCACCCUCCUCCCCCUCCUCACCUCCACCCUCGCCAUUCAAGUAACCUACGACCCCGGCUACGACAACGCUGCUCGCUCCCUCUCCGCAGUCUCCUGCUCCAACGGUCCCAACGGUCUCGAAACCCGUUUCCCCCAAUAUAAAGUCCAAGGCGAUCUCCCCACCUUCGCCCGCAUCGGCGGCGCAUCCACAAUCGCCGGUUGGAACUCUCCUAACUGCGGUACUUGUUACACCUUAACAUAUCAAGGCGUCUCGAUCAAUAUCUUGGCGAUUGAUGCUGCGGCUACGGGAUUCAAUAUUUCGGAGAGCGCGAUGAAUACGCUGACUAAUGGGAGAGCGGUUGAGUUGGGAAAUAUUGAUGCGGAUUGGACUUUGGUGACGCCUGAGGAGUGUGGAUUGCCAGCUGAGGGGGGCGGGUCGCCGUGUGAGGCUUAG